AUGGCCAACUUCCGCCCAAGCAACAUUCUCGGCGACCCAUUCGCGCUCGCGACCCUGUCCAUCUCCAUCCUCGCAUGGCUGAUCGCUUUCAUCUCCUCCAUCAUUGCGGAUCUCCAAACCGAUUACCCUAAUUACUCCUGGUGGGCGAACUGUUACAUGUUCUGCCUGAUUGUGGGUAUUAUCGUGACUUUUGGUACCGAUACUUGCAAUGUCUACGGUGUUGCUAUUGUCGGAUACCUUGCCUGCGGCCUGGUCUUGACUUCACUCAGCGCCAACAACACGGUCUACGGUAACCAGGGUGCCAUGCAAGCGGCGGGUGCUGGUUUCAUUCUGCUUUCCAUGGUGAUUAUUAUCUGGAUCUUCUACUUUGGUUCCGCUCCCCAGGCAUCGCACCGCGGAUUCAUCGACUCCUUUGCCCUGAACAAGGAGCAGCCCGGUUCUUACCGCGGUAGCCGCCCCAUGUCCAGCGCCUUCGGUGCUCGCCCCGAGACCAUGGCCACCAGCAACACCCCUCAGAUGUACACUUCCGCCCAAUUGAGCGGCUUCGAGACCUCGUCCCCCGUGUCCGGCUACCCCGGUGGUGCUCCUGGCGCUGAGCGCAACUCUUCCCAGCCUCCUCGCUUCGGAGGUUCCAGUCCGGCUCCCGGUGCUGCUAACGCUGGCGGCGCUGGUGCUCAGGAUGGUACUGAAGUGCCCCAACCGACCGAGUACCCAUACCGUGCGAAGGCCAUUUACUCGUACGACGCAAACCCCGAAGAUGCCAACGAAAUCAGCUUCAGCAAACACGAGAUCCUGGAGGUAUCCGAUGUCAGUGGCCGAUGGUGGCAGGCUCGGAAAUCAAGCGGAGAGACCGGUAUCGCACCUUCGAACUAUCUGAUCCUGUUGUGA